AUGGACAGCAAGGACUACGAUCACAUUAGGAAUAUGACUCUCAUGUUCUUUUUGGAUCGGCUGAUUGACAAGGGACAGCCUCGGACUCUUCACGAUUUAUCUUGCCAAUUCGGAACGAAAGGAUUUACGAAAGAAAUGAGACAAAUAGCUGGCGGGAGUCAAUCAGGUCUUCGCAAGUUUUUAUCCCAGUAUCCAUCGUUGUUUACCAUAAACGAGGAUCAAGUAAGUGUCACUUGCUACACAUCCGAAAACGAUGAUGCGAGUGGCAAAAACAAACGCGACUACGCAUUCGAAGCAGUGGAAUAUUUUCGCUCCAAAUUAGAACAAUAUGGCAAUGCUGAAGUGCCUAUUAAAAGCCUUCUUGGUCAUCGAUCUCAAGCGAGUCCAGAAAUCAGGCACAUAUCGGGGCAGCACGGUAAAGAAUUCAAAGAAUUUCUGGUGAAAUAUUCAGAUGUGUUUGUUGUCAAAGACGACUACGUCGUUUUAAAAAGUGUGCUUGAAAAUUUGAGUAAUGAUACUAGUCUGAUGAUUACAAAAGUUCCCGAAGAGGAGCAAUUAGACCCGCAACUAACAAACCAGUUAAUAAAUUUUUUUGAGAGUGUUUUGAAACACAGAGGCCCCUUACCAGUGGGUCAGUUAUUUGCUCAUCUCACCGCCUGGUUUCCGAAAGACAUGUGGUCGAAAAUGGUAAACAAUCCACAAGAUUUGUUGGCAUUUUUGAAAAUGAAUUCACAAAUAUUUCACGUGCAGUCAAACGUUGUGUCCGUUAUUGAAAGGAAGCCUGGUUCUCUUCCGGCUGUAGCAACUUCUCAAGUACCCAUACCGCCCCCAGUGACACCAAAUGCAAUAUCUUCUACAAACUCUUCACCCAUUCAUUCCGGUGGCCGCAGUCAAGAAAAAGGUCAGACGUUUCAGCAGAGGCUGAAAAACCAAAUCAUAAAAGCAGUCGCCGAUAAUUCGGCCAUCGACUAUAAGGACCGCAUGUUGUAUAAUUCCCCGAUAUCCUCGAACAAAGAGGCCGUAGAUAAUUCUAUCACCAAAAUGAUGAAACGUGUUAAAAUUGUGACGAAGACGAAGGAAUGCUCUGCGGUUGUUAAGUUUAUUUUUUCUCUAAAGGAUCCUAUUAUUGCUUUUGAUGGAGAAGGCGUUAAUUUAGGACCUUCAGGUCCCAUAACUUUGUUGCAAUUUUCAACCCAAGACGAGCUUGUUUUUUUAUUUGACUUACUUUCGUGUCCUCAGUUGAUAGAAGAUGGUGGAUUGAGGGAUGUUUUAGAAUCUCAAGAUGUUUUAAAGUAUUGUCGACUGUGCCUUAACUUUUGUAUCAAUUGUCACAAAAAUCCACCUCCAGACUGGGACAUGACAGUCAACUAA